AUGGAAAAGCUGGAUGUCAAAACUCACCUCACCCAUGUCCAGCUGUGUGAAGAUAGCGGGUGCUUCAGAUGCUCUUUUCUUGACCUUGCCGGAACUUGGAUGAAAAAGCUGCCUUGGCUGACUGAAAAGAAGAAGGGUGAAUGGGGUCUUCUAUGCAAGCUUUGUUCCCGCCAUGUGCCGCAGCUUGCCUUUGGACUGAAUGGCUUCAAUGGGCCGGGAAAUUUCUACACUGUGAGCCGGCAUGCUGAUUCCAAGCAGCACAAGCUUGCAUUGAGUUUGGCUGGUCAAGCCGGCGGAGUUGAUUCCAGGGCGCCGCCGAAGAAAGAGUUUGAAGAGUUUGCCACCAAAAGGCAAGCCGCUGGAUCACUGAGAUCUAUGAAGGCAGUAGGUGGCCGUUGGAAGCUGGCCAGAUUGCAGAACUGUUUGGGAGGCGCUUGCCAACGCAUAGAUGCGGCUUUCCUUCUUUCAUCCACAUGCAUCGUGCUCCACCAAGAUGUACGCAGGUUGGUUCUGAUGGUACGUUUCCGGGCGUGCAAUGACAAGCUGGAAGUCAAGCGUGGGUUGCUGGGAAUACACCAUCUUCAAGACAGCAUGACAGAGUCGCUUGUUCAGGGCACAAGAGCCAUCUUGUCACAAUUUGUUGAAGGGGAUGAAGAUCAAAUGGCCGCUUUGCAACAGAAGGUCAUUCUACUGAACAUGGAUGCUGCAGCAGAUGAGCAGCUGGCAGGUAGGCUCAUGGCCUGCAAUGACGGUCUGUUCCCAGGUGUGAAACAGGUGUGCCGGGACCGCGCGCAUGCGGCUCGGCGAGUCAUUUCCCGUCCAUUCAAGGCGUCCGCUGAAAUUUGGGAUGUGUUUCAAGCCUUGAUCUGGGGCAACGCUUCAAUGCCUGCAACCAUUCAGAGCAGUGAUGUGUUGAGGAAAGUGUUCAGCCAGUACGUCAAAGACAUGGGCGGUGACCGGGUUCAGUCAAUGUCGCUGUGCAAGCAAAGGUUUGAUUCGCACCAGAAGGCAACUGGCCGUUUGAUUCUGUGGCUGCGUCCGACCAUCAAAACGGCAAUCUAUGCGACAGUUUACAGACACAAUUUGCGGGACGGUGAACGAGGUGCAUUGUUCUUGCGCUCUCUCAGUGAAGAGCGGGUGUUGCUUUUAGCAAUGGUGGCUGACUUCACUGAUGAAGCGACAAGCAUCAUCCGACUCAUGGAUUCAGAAGCUGGCGAUGUUGCCACGCACAACAUCGAACUCGAUGUAUUUGCAAGUCGGGUGAAGCAUCUUUUCAUUGAUGAGCAUGCGACUAGAUCUGAGUAUACCAUGUUUGCGCUGGAGAGCUUGAAAACCCCAAUCGCUUUCGAUGUGGAUGGCAAGUCGAAGACUCUGGGUGGUCCGAACAAAGUUUCUCCAGCCAUGAUCGCCCGGUGCUUUGCUUCUAUGAAGAAACUGGUUGGGCUGAGCACAGAAGUGAUUGCGUCGGAGUUUCCUGCAUAUGAGAUUCUGACCGCCCUGAAAAUCUUCGAUGUAUCCGAAGUAGCCCGGACAAACAGGGAGGAAUCCGUGGACUACAUACAGUCGUUGCACACUUCUUCGGAAAGAUUGUGCCAACUGUUCGAGGCGUCGGCUGAUUCCUUCAUUGAUGAGUACUGGGAUCACAAAGCUAUAGCUUUUCAUCACCAUUCGACCAAUCCCAACUGCAGCAGCUUCGAAUCUUGGAAAUACGCAGUCCAGAAAACUAGCUCUCGCAAGUCAACAGCAGCUCGCCAUCCAUCUUCAAACUUGCACUGGAUUCUCAUUCACUUUGGUGCUCUAGAUGGAUGCACCACAUCCGGAGUGGAGCAGCACUUUUCGAAGAUGGUGCGCAUUGUGUCUGCUGAAAGAUCAUUGCUGACUGAAGAAAACAAAAAUUUGGAGUUGAAAUUUAUGUUCGACUUCGCCCCGGCCACUUCCACUGACUGCAUUGAGAUGGCCCAGCAGCUGUGGAUCGAAUGGUAUGGUGAACCCAGGAAAGGAUCAACAUCCAGACUUGAUUUGGGUACCAAACGAGGGCACAAGAAGGGUUCUGAAGCUGAUUUCUUGGCCAAAAGACGCCGUUUGGAUGGACCGGUCAAACUUUUGCCUCAUGAUGAAGUACGGCUCGAAGCAAGUGCGAAUCUGCCAGCAGAUUGUCAGCGUGUCCAGGCAGAAUUGACAUUUCAGAGAAACAAGCAGUUCAAGAACACAAUCCAAUCGUACUUAAGUGGUCACUUGACAGCCAAGGAAGUGCCAGAUGGGAUGGUUGAUGUGGCUCAAGCAUUUGUUGAAUUGGAGACUCGCAGAGAUGCCACCAGAGUACGGGGAGUUUCAAAAUUCCAAGCCUUGUUGGCCCCAUCCCCGCCACAGUUUGAUCGGCGGAACCACUGGAUCUUCCUGGAGAUGGCAGAGUGGAGCCAGAACCCUGAAUUUUUCAGGUGCAAGGUGACCCAGGACUUGCAGCUGCCUUUGUUUUUCGUUGUGGCCAACCCGGAGAAACCGCCUUCACAAGUUCUUUGGGCAGCCUCUGUGCGAGGAGGUUGUGUUCUGGACCUGGCAUGCAUGCGGGGCAUCAUUGAAAACCGUCAUGAUAAGGCAACAACAGGAAUUGCCUUCCUCUAUGAUGCGGCGUACGCAAUCAAGCGGCAGAUUUUCUUGUGCCCUAGCUUUCGUGCUGCGAACACGGAAGCCAGUGAAAUUAUUCAAGCAGCAGCAGGCCAGGAGAGAUCGAAGUGGAAGAUGAUUGAUGGAGGUUGGGAAGCCUUCGCUGAAGCAUCUGCUAAGAGCCAGCAAGCUGGCCGCAAGUGGGCUAUGCUGGGGCUGACCAUUCCGCAAAUAGCUGCUAACAUGCAGGAAGACAAUCUCAUGUCCAGCAAAACAUUUCUCAAGUUUGUGAGCAGGGUUCAUUGCUGCAAUCGCAGCUUCUGA